AUGGCGAGUUCAUCACGGUUCGACCCAGCGCUUGCGAUUUCUCACAAAUUCCCUGAUACUACGUACUCUUAUACCGAGAGGGAUGCAGCACUUUAUGCCUUAGGCGUAGGGGUGUGUUUAUCAGAUGCUGUUGAUGCUGAUGAGCUUAAAUAUGUUUACCAUGAAAAUGGUCAGGAGUUUAUCAAGGUCUUGCCUACGUUUGCUACUCUGUUUAUACGUAAUUCUGGGCCGAGUGUUUUUAAUCUCCCUGGCUUGGAAUAUGAUCCCCGUCUUCUACUUCAUGGACAACAAUACAUAGAAUUGUACAAACCAUUUCCUUCCAGCUGCCAUAUGCACAAUAAAAUCAGCCUUGCUGGAUUACAUGAUAAAGGCAAAGCAGCAAUUUUGGAGAUUGAAACAAAAAGCUAUGAGAAAGAGUCUGGUGAUUUAUUAUGCAUGAACAGGACAACUGUCUUUCUACGUGGUGCCGGUGGCUUCUCAAAGUCAUCAAAGCCAUUUUCUUAUACAAACUACCCCUCAAAUCAGACUUCAGCUGUGAAAAUUCCUGAAAGUAAACCAUUUUCGGUGUUUGAGGAUUGUACCAAACCAUCUCAGGCAUUGCUCUAUAGGCUAUCUGGUGACUAUAAUCCUCUGCAUUCAGAUCCCAUGAUUGCAAAGGUUGCCGGAUUCUCGCAGCCAAUAUUGCAUGGGCUGUGCACAUUAGGAUUUGCAGUUAGGGCAAUCAUCAAAUGCAUAUGCAGAGGAGACCAAGAUUUGAUAAAAAGCAUAGCCGGCAGAUUUCUUCUACAUGUCUACCCUGGUGAAACUCUGGUUACUGAGAUGUGGCUUGAAGGCUUAAGGGUAAUAUAUCGGACUAAGGUGAAAGAGCGAAUGCGAACAGUCCUUUCUGGCUACGUUGAUCUGCGUGGUUUAACUUCGUCACUGUGA